CAGCACUGCUAAAUUGCGCUCUUCUGCAUGCCGCGCAGACAUAAAAAGAGGAGCGAUUCCGUCGCAAUCGCAAGGCAGGUGCAGCCAAGAUGCGACGAUCCUGGCACACACUUUGAGUGCAUGCAUGGAAGCCCUCCUGCCUUCCAAGUUCUACCUACCACCUGCCACCUGAUCGGGAGGUGCUAAUUGUUCAGAGUCUGUUCGCUCGCCAGCGCCUUGUCUGCCUGCGCCUAACCUAGCACCCAAGGUAGCGAUGGAGGUGUCGCGCGCGCCUGUUCGGCGGCCACGGCGCCAGACCUCGGGUGCAGCCAGGGGUCCCAGCCUGCACUGCGCUGUGCCCGACGAGAUCAUGGUUCGGAUUCUAUACUACGUGUCGCCUGAAGAGAACCUCUCUAGCUUCCAGCUCAUCUCGCGAAGGCACUCACGGCUGGCCAACGAGCCCCUGCUCUGGAAACACCACUGUCGCACCAGCUUCAGGCACUGGGACCCCCGACAUGACUUCCCGCUGAAGCUGGCCCUCCCCGCGCCCGUCGUAGAUUGGAAGCGGCUGUGGAUGCUGCGUCGCGGCCAGAACGCGCGCGUGCUGCGCCUGCUGGACGACAUUCUGGCCACCAAGCUGGGCCGGGUGGACAAGUUUGGGCAGAUCUGCCUGCUGGAAUACGACGCCAAGGACAUCCUCCUGGAGCAGUGCAGGACGCCCGACGAUGCCGAAGAUGUGCUGGCUAGGAGAUACUACGCCGGCGCUGCUCUGGAAAGCAUCCACCGCGGCGUCGCCAUCAAGGAGUGGGCCAAGUUCCAGUCGCCACACGCCGGCCCGCCACGCUUGGACCGCGCCCUCGCCGCCUUCGAUAUGUUUACGCUGCGCGAGCACAGUGGAGACAUAGACGACACCGAGGCGCUCCUCGACAGCCUCGCCCGCGACUUCCUGGCCGCCCACCCCGGCUUCGAGGGCCUGAGCACGCGUCGCAAGGCGCUGUUGCUGCUCCAAUGGGUUAGGUCCGAGAACCUCACUGGCAUGGACAACCCCGACACCAACUACCGCAAUAUCCAGAACUGCCUGCUAGGCCACGCGCUGCGCGACAAGAACCAUCCGUCUCUGCCGCUGGUGUCUAGCGCCAUCUACGCGAGCCUGGCCGAGAGGGUCGGCAUGCGCGCCGCCUGCUGUUCCUUCCCGGCCCACGUUCACGUCGGCGUCUUUGCGCCCUCGGGCGAGACGCUGGAUGGAGUGCGCCCCCAAGACCCGCCGCGGCACGAGCCCGACAUGAUGUACCUCGACCCAUAUGGGGCCGACCACGAGAUCCACAUCGAGGAGCUACGCAUGCGGCUCGAGGAGUACAGCAGCGGUUGGCACGAGCCCGGCCGCCGCGAGGUCUUCCUGAAAGCCUCACCAAGCUCGGUCCUGAUCGUCCGCGCGGCACACAACAUUCAGGUGUCGUGCGUGCGGCUACAACAAGCGCGCGACGAUCCGCCCAACAGCGGCUCCCAUGGCGCCGACAACUCGCCCAACAUGGAGUCGAUGCUGUACGCCGUGCUCUGGGUUAGCCUCCUGUUGACGCCGACGGCGCAGCGACUGUGGGACAACAACCUGGAGCAUUUCCUGAACCGCUUCCGCAGGUACUUUUCCGAGGACGCCUGGCUGCUGCGCAAGUACCUGGCCCCUCUCUACGACAACUUCCUCAUGAUCCACAACCUCCGGGGCUCGCAGCGGUCCGGCUGGGAGGACGUGCACCUUGCGCUCCAGAUGGAGCAGAAGGUGGACGAGCGCCCCCUCGUUGUGCAGCGUCGCGACACGUGGGUGACGCAGCACCGCGUGCGCUACCACGUCGGCCAGGUCUUUAUACACAAGCGCUUCCACAUCCAAGGCAUUAUCACGGGCUGGAAUGCCGAUAGCGCCGAAAGCAAUUUCCAGAACGUUGCUGACCGGGCGCCGACGGACGAUGAUCUGUGGAUACCUCCUGUCUAUUACACCUGCCUGAGGUGUGACGUGGACAGGAUAAUCGUGGCCGAGGCCAACAUCGAUCUCAUAACCGACCCCGAAGACGUACCCGCCAAUCUGAUGCGCGCCGCGGGCAAGUUUUUCAGGCGGUUCAACAGAGACACGUGCACGUUUGAGUCCAACGUUAGGGAGUCGUUCCCAGACGACUGAGUGAGGCAAACAGGACCCAGUUGAAUGAACGUACGAGGAUGCCGGAAUACGAUACCCCCCCUUCUUUAAUGUCUGUAAUAGCACGGUCGAAAAACAGGCGACUAUAGGUGCUCAACUCCACUCAUUACUAGCUCUAGCUGACUCGUCCCCGUCUAUCCCGCAUUUGUCUCGUGUCUAUGUGUGUGCGUCUGUGCCACAUGGCAGUGACAUACCUAGUCUAAAUGCUAUGCUCCAACAUUUUUCUGUUUCGCUGACCUAUGCCGCCGCCUCCAUGGC